AUGCUCCCAAGAGAGCACAGCAAAAGCCUCUACAAAAAAGCCACAAACAAAGACUUCGACAACCGCCACCCCCGAGCCUUCCUCACCGCCGUCGAAAACGACCAAGCCCUCGACUCCGCCACGCGAGCCCGUAUCCUGCGAGCAGAAGCAGCCUGCUACAACGGCUUCGAGAACUUCGGACCUUUCUGCGCGGCUCUCGCGGCAGGCAAUGCGGCGAGGCUGGAUCCGAUCUGGCUGAACGGCCUGAGUCUGGCGUAUCUGGCCUCGAGGGCGGUGUAUACGUAUGUGUACAUCAACAACGAGACGCAGUUGCUCGCGGGCCUUCGAGGGGGGUCCUACAUUGGUGGGUUGGUUAUGUUGUUUACGAUGUUCAUCAAGGCGGGAAAUAAGUUGAGUACGUCGGUGUUGUAG